AGCAUGAACAAAUGAGUUGGACCAAUCAGCUGAUACCACGAUUGAAAUGUUUUGGUGUAAAGUAGAAGUAAUAAAAGUUACGAUAUUCGUUAAAAUAGUGGAAUAUUAAAUAGUGUUUAAUAAUGUUUACGGCCGGUGACAGUGUUAUGGAUAUGAUGCAUAAAAAUAUUGUGUUUAAAUUAACUCCUUAUUUAGCGCUACUUGCUUUAGAAUUGUUAAUAGACGUUUCCGAAUGCACGAGCCAAGCAGAAAUUGAUAGACAUUUAGAACUGGGAAGAAAUUAUUUAGCUAAAGGCCAAUUAGCAGAUGCUCUAAGUCAUUACCAUUCAGCAGUAGAGGGAGACCCCAAUAAUUAUUUAACUUAUUUUAAACGUGGCACUGUCUAUUUAGCCUUGGGAAAAGCUAAAAAUGCGCUUAGUGAUUUUGACAAAGUGCUAGAAUUAAAACCAGAUUUUACAUCUGCUAGGAUAAGUAGAGGAAAUAUACAUUUAAAGCAAGCAAGUUAUGAUGUAGCUCAACUUGAUUUUUAUAAUGUUUUAAAAAAUGAUCCAUAUAAUGUGGAAGCUAAUGAGUUUAUUCAAAGAAUAGACCCUGCAAGAGAGAAGAAACGAAGUGCUGAAUAUUAUUAUGCCAGGAAUGAUUAUGUGAGUGCCAUACAUUAUCUAACAGAAGCACUAGAAACAAGCCCAUGGGCCGCUGAUUUGUAUGAGUUUAGAGCUGAAAUGCACUUAGAAAAUGGAGAUGAAAUGGCUGCUAUAACAGAUAUAAAGUCAGCGACAAAAUUACAGAGUGACAACACAAACGGUUACUUUAAAUUGGCUCAAAUGUUGUACAAAAUUGGUCACGCCACUGAGUCUCUCAAAUCUAUAAGAGAGUGUUUAAAAUUAGAUCCAGAACACAAGGAUUGUUUCCCAUUCUAUAAAAAAAUUAAGAAAAUUGAAAAAUUUCUUGUGGACGCGCAAACUGCCUUAGAGAACCAGAAUUAUCAAGCGGGCAUUGAAGCAGCUCACAAGGUUUUGAAACAUGAGAAAGAUAUACAGCCAAUAAUAUUUGAAGCAAAGCGAAUACUGUGUGCUUGCUAUUCUAAUGAAGAGCAGACAGAGGAAGCAGUAACAGCAUGCACAGAAGCACUUGCAAUUAGUGAAGAACCAAAUGUUUACUGUGAUAGAGCAGAAGCUUACCUACAAUCAGAGUUAUAUGAUGAUGCAAUUAGGGACUUUAGAGCUGCUUUGGAAUUUGACAAACAUUUUGAUAGGGCUAAAGAGGGAUUAAAUAAAGCAGAAAAUAGGCAGAAACAAGCAGAAAAAAGAGACUACUAUAAAAUUCUGGGGGUUAAGAGAAACGCGUCUAAAAGAGAAAUCAUUAAAGCUUACAGGAAAAUGGCUCAAAAGUGGCACCCCGACAAUUAUCAGACAGACGAAAAAAUGAAGAAAAUAGCUGAGAAAAAGUUUAUUGAUAUCGCCGCUGCAAAGGAGGUCUUAACAGAUGAAGAAAAACGAAGAAUGUAUGAUAAUGGAGAAGACCCUUUAGAUCCAGAAUCUGGCAAAUCAAACAACAUGCACGCCAAUUUCCAUCAUUUCCAAAGUUUCCAUGGCAGCCCAUUCCAGUUCCGGUUUCAUUUUAACUAGGAUCAAUCGUUGCUGGUUUUUGCCAAGUGAUAGAAGAAUUAUGAAUUGAAGAGUAAUUUAUUUAUUAUUGUGUAAAUAAAUGUAUGGGUGAGUGUGUGGCCUUUGUUUUAAGUGUUUUUUCAAGAAUAUUUUUGAUCUUGGCAAUAAUAAUGUUUUUUUUUCAUUUCAAUUUGAGUUUGCAUUUUAAGAAGAAGCUUUUCCAUCACAUUACCUCUACACAUUUGUACAUUCUAAAAGGGCAUUUGUUGAGAUUUGUACCAGUAUCAUCAAGAUGGUUGAUAUCUUGUU